AUGCGAACUUCGGAACAGGUGCUCAACCGCGCCGAGAUCGAGCGAUCCGGCCUGGGUGAACGCAUCCAGAGCCUGCACAGCAUCCUGCUGGCCCGCUACCCCUUCAUCGGCCGCAUCGCCCUGGCGCUGUACGACCCGGACACCGAUCUGCUCAAGACCUUCGCGAGCAGCAACGAGGGUGGCCCCACGCUGCAGCGCUACGAAGCGACGCUGGCCGACGUGCCCUCGCUCGCGCAGCUGCGAGACGCGCGUUCGCCCCGGGUCGUGGACGACAUGGACGAGACAUUCCACGCCACCACCACGCACACCGACUGGCUCAAGUCACGCCACUUUCGCAGCAGCUACACCUUGCCCAUCUUCCGCGGCGCGGAACUGUCGGCCUUCCUGUUCUUCGACUCCGUCGAGCGCGCCGCCUUCACGCCGCUGAUCCGCGGCGUGCUGGACCAGUUCGCGGACAUCAUUUCGCAGCUCUAUCUGCUGCGCCUGUCGGCGGUGCACCACCUGAUCGGCGCCGUCGACAUCGCGACGGGGCUGGCCCGUAUCCGAGACGUGGAGACCGGCCGGCACCUGGAGCGCAUGGCGAAGUACUCCCGCCUGAUCGCCCGGGGCGUGGCCGAGCGCUACGGCUUGAGCGACGAGGUCGUCGAGUACAUGCACCUGUUCUCCCCGCUGCACGACAUCGGCAAGGUAGGCAUCCCUGAUGCCAUCCUGCUGAAGCCGGGCAAGCUGGAUGCCGACGAGUGGCGGCUCAUGCAGCAGCAUGUCGCCAUCGGCGAGCAGCUGAUCGAGCACAUCGUCACCGACCUCGGCCUGCAGGGCGAUACGGCGGCCGACAUCAUGCGCGAGGUGGUCGCUGGCCACCAUGAGCGGGGCGACGGCAGCGGCUAUCCGCGCCGGCUCAGGAUGGACGACAUCCCGGUGCCGGCCCGCAUCGUGGCGGUGGCGGACAUGUACGACGCGCUCUCCUCGCGGCGGCCGUACAAGGAGCCGUGGGACGACGAGCGCUGUGCGGCCGAGCUGCGCAGCCAGCCGCAGCAGCAGAUCGAGGCUGCGCCGCACGCGGUCGUGGCAGGCCAUCAGCAUCUCGAACGGCUGGUCGAAGCCCACGGCGGGGCCGGCGUGCAGAGUGAGUCGGGCAGACAUGGCGGGACAUUGUGA